GCUGGUAGGGUGUCAGCUGUGCUGCUGUGUGUGUGUUUAGCUGACUAUUUUUAGUAUAGGGCGUGACUAGUGAGCUAUAGAGGCGUGUGGCACUGCUAGCUGUAAAUCAUGGACGACAUCUUCCACUGGUGCCGUGAAGGCAACACUGUACAGGUGCGAUUAUGGCUCGAUGACACUGAACAUGACAUGAAUCAAGGAGAUGACCAUGGCUUCUCAUUGUUACACUGGGCUUGCAAGGAGGGACAUUUUGGUAUUGUGGAGAUGCUGAUUACUAGGGGUGCACGCAUCAAUGCCACAAAUCUAGGAGAUGACAUCCCUCUCCAUUUGGCCGCAGCUCAUGGUCACCGAGAUAUUGUUGGCUAUCUCCUUCGGUACAAAGCAGAUGUCAACUUCAUUAAUGAACAUGGUAACACGCCUCUCCAUUAUGCAUGUUUCUGGGGCUUUGAAUUGAUUGCAGAGGACCUAGUGCAAGCUGGAGCGUCUGUUUCCAUUGCUAACAAAUAUGGGGAAGUUGCCCUUGACAAGUGCCGUGGAGUUCUGGCUAAGCAGCUCCACACAAUGGCUGUAGACAGUGGUCAGAAUCUGGAAAAAGUGGCAUUCAAGGAUCAAAGUUGGCUUGGCCUUAAGACUCGCAGCCGUGAUGCAACUCUUUCUCGACACAAGGGCAUUAACAUCAACGAGUUAGCUCUUCAUACAAAGAUAGCUGUGAGUCCUUCAGGAGAGCUGUGGCGUGGCAAAUGGCAAGGCAAUGAGAUUGUUGCCAAGAUACUGGCUCUCAGAGACUGCUCUCCUAGAGUGUGUAGAGAUUUUAAUGACGAGUUUCCACGACUGAGAAUUUUCUCGCAUCCAAAUGUUCUUCCUGUUGUUGGAUGCUGUAACCAUCCACCAAAUCUGGUGGUGAUCACUCAGUACCUGCCAUAUGGAUCCCUCUUCACACUACUCCACCAAGAUAGUGGUAUAGUGGUUGACACUGCUCAGGCUCUCAAGUUUGCCCUUGACAUUGCUCGUGGAAUGUCCUUCAUCCACUCACUGGAAAAGCUGGUUCCUAAUUUGUAUUUGUCAUCCAAACAUGUUAUGAUUGAUGAUGAUCUCACAGCUCGAAUCAGCAUGGCGGAUGCCAAGUUUUCAUUCCAGGAGCGGGGCAAACUGUAUUCCCCACAGUGGUUCUCCCCAGAAGCUCUUCAGAAGAAACCUAAAGAGCUCAAUGUGAAAGCAGCAGACAUGUGGAGCUUUGCCGUCACGUUAUGGGAGAUGGCUACACGUGAAGUUCCCUUUGCUGAUCUCACACCAAUGGAAGCUGGCAUGAAGAUUGCACUGGAGGGUCUUCGUGUCAGUGUUCCGCCAGGAAUCUCUCCUCAUAUAUCAAAGCUGGUUCGUAUCUGCAUGAAUGAGGACCCAGGCAAGCGACCAUCCUUUGAUAUGAUUCUCCCAAUUCUGGAAAAGAUGUGUUCACAGUAGAGUACUCUGGGAUGGAGGAUUACUAAGGUAAUGACACGCUUCGUGUAUUGUUUUGAAAAAUAUGAAGUAUUGUGCAAAGGACAUUUAAAUUUGUUUUGAAUAAAUUUAUUUAGGGUACACUUAACUAUGUGCAUAUUCAAAUUAAUGAAUAAUUGAACACUGGUGCACUUUUUAUGCCUUUAAAUUUGAUGUAUAAUUGUAGUCAAAAUAAUAUUUUUGCCUCUUUUGUUUUUUAAUGCUACAAAUAACUAAUGUACCAUAUCCAUGUAUGUCAGAACUUAACAGUGCAAUAUAAAUCAUUAAAAUGUAUAUGAAUAUUUUAAUAAUCUAAAUUUUGCCUUAGAAAGGGUAUUAUAUGCAAGGGAAGCAGGCUAUAUCAAAAUGCUUUCUUUUUUCCUAUUGUUACUCCCGAGUGUUUUAAUGCUUUUAUGUAUUUUUUCUCUUGUGAGGAUAUAACUAAAAGCAAGGAAAUAUAAAGAUUUAUCUUACAUAACACUGAUCUAAAAAUUUAUUGAUGGGAUGUUAGCUAAGCAUAGUGAAUAUUAGUCUGGGAAUUUAUUUUGCUUAGACAGGACUCUUAAUAAUUAGCAUAGGUUUAAAAUGAAAAGCCAUAAUAAGAUUUGAGAAUUAAUUAAAAAGUUAAACUAGUGUGUAUUAAACUAAUGCUAGGCCUGUAUUGUCUGAAUAACAUGUAUUUAACUUUGCAUUAGUUACUCUCUAUAAAGGGAGGUCUAAGGACUGAUGACCUGUAAUUGUGCCAAGUAGUUACGUUUAUUUUUGUGAAGGUAAUUUUUAAAUUUCUCAGAUAGUGCAAUGUAUUAUAGGUACAGUCUAGUAAUGUAGGUUAGUUCUUAUGUCCUCUUGUUGCUGCAUAUAACAAGAACAUUUGAAAUUGGUAAGAGAUAUAGGUUAGAUUAGUUUUUUACAAGCAUAGCAUUCAACCAUGAAAAUAAUAACAUUGUUUAAUAUAGUGAGUGGACUUGGUCUGCAUUCACAUAUAAAGUAUUAUCCAUAUAUAUAUUUAUAUAUAUAUAUAUAUAUAUAUAUAUAUAUAUAUAUAUAUAUUAUAGAUGUAUAUAUAUAUAUAUAUAUAUAUAUAUAGCUUUCAAACUGUGUAGACAUCUUUCGAGUGCAAAAGUCGAGCAAUCAUCUAAUACACUUAGCAUUAAAUUGUCUGCUUUAAUAUUAUUGCAUAGAUGAUUAGAGUAGCCUAAGAUGUACUGUGCUAGUCCUGUGUGUGUCCCAUUGCCUUGUCUCUAGAGAGUGGAUUACCUGCAUAUUUACUAUAAAUGAAGGUGUUGACACCAGACAUAACAUGGGACUGAUUAAAAAAAAGUAAUUGUUAUAUAUUUUUGUUUUGUUUUGAGGUGUUCUCCUACAGAUUGUGGAAAUUGAUAAUCUUGCCUUUACAGGAAGAAGAGUCCCAUUCAAAAGUCUAGUGUAUAAACAGUUCAUUUAAUGUAGCUAUAUGAGUUUGAUCAUGUAGUUGCCUUAUGUUAUUUUUCGAAAGAGAACAUCACAUGUUAUCUAUGCAACUUGUAAUAUAGUAGUAUUUCCUUGCCUUUAAUUUUUCUGUAAAUGUAGUACAGUAUAAAGGUUUUUCCAUGGAUGAGAUGGCUUAUAUUGUAAAGAAUAUUAGCUUAUAUUGUUAUGGGAUUUUUUCCCCUAGAAGUAUUGUACUAAGGCUUUGCCACUCAUUUAUGGAAUGAAUAUCUAUGCGUAUAGUUUUAACUUAAUACGUCAUCACAGGUGGUAUUAAUUUUAAAUAUAUGUUUAGAAAACUUAAUAAUCAAGUGUACACUAAUAGAUAAUAUGGUGCAUAUUUUUUUUCAAACUUGAUGCCUUAUAGCAUUUGCAGUGAUUUAUUUUAUUCCAUUGCAGAUGAAGAUUUUGGUGCUAAUUUUUAAGAAUAUUUAGCAAACAAUAGUUAUGUGAUUAAUACUGAAAUUGUAUAAAUACUCCUAAUAAAAUACUGUAAUAUAUUGGGAAAAAGUUGACACCAGUGACAUUCUUAAGUUGGAAAUUAAACAAAUGUGCUUUGAUUUUUAUGAUGUGCAACAAUAAGACUACCAGUACUCUUAAUAUGAAGAGUAAAUUCUCUCUCUCUUAUAAAGCUCCUCCAUUUAGUUUGAAUUUUUGCAAAUGCAGUUGAAAAAGUGCAUUGCAAAUUGUGAAAAAUCUUUCACAGUAUGUGCUAAUCAAUUUGGAUGCACAUUUUCAGUUGCAAAUCAGAAAUAUCAUACUAUGUACAAUAACUUUAUAAGAGAGCUUAUUAAAUAUCAGAAUGGUAUCUUUAAGUCUGAGAUGCUGGAUAUGAAUUAAACAACUGUUUAAUUUGGUUUAUUGAAAAAUUAAUAUUUGAGCCAAAACUGUGUUAAGUUUGUGACAUUUAACACACACAUCCUUUUAGGAUGUGUGUGUUAAAUGUCACUGUUGGAAAUAUAAGAUCUAAUUUUUAUAUACUACAUACAUUUUUUUAUUAUGUAUAUUCAAACAAAUUUAUUAGUGUAAUGAUUUUUAUCUUCAGUGAUUUUUAGACUGAACACAAUAAUUCCUGUGGAUCUUUAAGGAAAACAGUAUUGCUAAUUAGGUGCAGAGUUUAAUUUAUUUACUAAUUUUUUUUAGUGCAAUGUCAUUGAUUAAAAGUCUAUGAUUGACAGAGCUAAGUCCCCAAUUACCAAGCCCAUAGUUUUGUGGUGCUUGAAUUUCAAGUGUCAAUUUUUAAAUCACAAUAUUGGUAUUCCAUAAGUGCUAUCUUGCUUUUAAUAAUACAUGUUGGUUUUAAUAAGGCUAGCAUCAUUGGGCAUUGUUUUGUCUAAUUUUGCUAUCACUGCAAUACUAGUUUGUGAAGUUGAGUUUCAAAGAAGUAUAAUAGCCUUUGAUUGGAUGUUCUAAUUAUUGAACAUCACCAAAAGUAGACUCGUUGUUUCCUCUUGUUUUAAAAAUGGAGUAUUUGCAAAAUUAAGCCUUAGUUGACUAUUUGAUAUAUAACACUGGUAAUGUAUUUUUAGAGGAUAACACUGGCAAAAGUGCACUUACAGCCUUGAGCCUUGAACAUUCACGUGAUUGCCACUUGGCUGAACUGCGCUUUUUGCUAACUUCCCUCACCUUUAGAGAAGGAACUUAUCUUAAUAGUAUCAGAUAAUGUAAAAUAGAACCUCAGAAUUCGGUGUGAAGAAGAGAAAGUAUAGCAGAGUUGAUACUACUGCUGCUGACUUUUGGUCUUUAUUGUAUUGUUGGUCCACGUGGUCGUGCCUUAUGUGUCUCGUCUUAUAGUAUAGUGUCCACUCUGUCCAGCACAAAAGGUAAUGCUGUCCAGUCUUUUGUAAGUAUUGGUAAAUAUAAGCCACACUACAAUUUGGUCUUAUUCAUUUACCUGGAAAGAAAAUGCAGCAUUAGCACCAUUUUUUAGGUUAAAAUAGUAUUUAUAAUUUUUAUUUUCAAGAGUACAUAUAAUUGUUUUGGUUAACAGUGUAAAUAAUGGCUGGUUCUAAUAAAAUAAAUAUUUUAUAUUUGGUGAAGCAAAUGCAUAGAUCUUGUGUAGUAACAGAUGUUAACAUGAAAGGUUGAGACAAACUGCUGAUUGUGUAUAUUAGAUCAAUUAAGACAUGCAUGUGUGGUCCUCUGAGCCAAAUUUUGAUAGAAUGUGAUACCAGUGAAUAAAUUAGGAUGUGGUACCAAUGAUUUAAUUAUGCUAUUAUACCACUGAAUAAAUUAGGAUGUGGUACCAAUGAUUUAAUUAUGCUAUUAUACCACUGAAUAAAUUAGGAUAUGGUACCAAAUAAAAAAAAAUCUUCAGUGUUAUCAAUUUAGAUGGUCACACAAAAGCUCACCACUCCUCACAGCUCUAAAAAAAAAAUGCAUUAAAAGUUAAUUGCUUUACUGUUGAUUGAUUGCAGUAUUGAGUUAGUAAUCAGACUCUUGAAUAUUGAUCAUAGGAAUGAUUUUGAAAAAGCUUGUGAAUUACACGUAAUAACAUUCUUGCCAAUCAUGGGCUGGUGGAGGGCUUUCGAUCCAAGGAGUUUGAGGUAUUCUUCCAUUCCUUGGAUCGAACCUGAUUAUUUACCAUUCCCCAGGCAGUGUAACACCCCUAUAGGUUUAGCAUUUCCAUGAUUAUUAUGAUAAUUAUGUUAUAGUAAGCAGUUCAUUCACUAGAGUGAAGGUUUAUUUAGAAAUAUUGAAGCUGACAGUUAUGAAAAAAUUACUUAUAAAGGAUUAUCAACACAAGAAUUUCAUGUUUCAUAAAAAAAUAUGUGCUGUUAUAUGCUAUUUUUAACAUGUUUCUUAUAUUAUUAUUAACAAUUUUGAAUUACAUAAAAUAAAUUUGUUAAGAUUUUUUUUUGUAGAAAUUUUAGUGAAAUGCAUGAUUAAAAAUAUUUAUUUGUAAACUGAAAAUGUCUUUAAAAGUCAUGUAAAUGUAAUCAACAGUGAUACUCAGCUCAAACUUAUUGAUUAUAUGUAGUAACUGGAAAAAAGGUCAUUGUGUGUUUGUUAGCAGUAACACACACAUGUCACUCAAGCUGUAUAAUCCUUGAGUUUAUCAAGUGGGUAUAACAUCACCUUUGAUAAAUGCAGUGUGUGAAGUUUCUUCACAUCUCUGACACAUAUACACUAACAUCUCUGGCACAUGAUAUAUACACUAACAUCUCUGGCACAUGAUAUAUACACUAACAUCUCUGGCACAUAUACACUAACAUCUCUGGCACAUGAUAUAUACACUAACAUCUCUGACACAUGAUAUAUACACUAACAUCUCUGACACAUGAUAUAUACACUAACCUCUCUGACACAUGAUAUAUACACUAACAUCUCUGACACAUGAUAUAUACACUAACAUCUCUGGCACAUGAUAUAUACACUAACAUCUCUGACACAUGAUAUAUACACUAACAUCUCUGGCACAUGUAUAUACACUAACCUCUCUGACACAUGAUAUAUACACUAAACCCUUGACACAUGAUAUAUACACUAACAUCUCUGGCACAUGAUAUAUACACUAACAUCUCUGACACAUGAUAUAUACACUAACAUCUCUGGCACAUGAUAUAUACACUAACCUCUCUGACACAUGAUAUAUACACUAACAUCUCUGACACAUGAUAUAUACACUAACAUCUCUGACACAUGAUAUAUACACUAACCUCUCUGACACAUGAUAUAUACACUAACAUCUCUGACACAUGAUAUAUACACUAACAUCUCUGACACAUGAUAUAUACACUAACAUCUCUGACACAUAUACACUAACAUCUCUGGCACAUGAUAUAUACACUAACAUCUCUGACACAUGAUAUAUACACUAACAUCUCUGGCACAUAUACACUAACAUCUCUGGCACAUGAUAUAUACACUAACAUCUCUGACACAUAUACACUAACAUCUCUGGCACAUGAUAUAUACACUAACAUCUCUGACACAUAUACACUAACAUCUCUGACACAUGAUAUAUACACUAACAUCUCUGGCACAUAUACACUAACAUCUCUGACACAUGAUAUAUACACUAACAUCUCUGACACAUGAUAUAUACACUAACAUCUCUGGCACAUAUACACUAACAUCUCUGGCACAUGAUAUAUACACUAACAUCUCUGACACAUAUACACUAACAUCUCUGGCACAUGAUAUAUACACUAACAUCUCUGACACAUAUACACUAACAUCUCUGGCACAUGAUAUAUACACUAACAUCUGGCACAUGAUAUAUACACUAACAUCUCUGACACAUGAUAUAUACACUAACAUCUGGCACAUGAUAUAUACACUAACAUCUCUGACAACAUGAUAUAUACACUAACAUCUGGCACAUGAUAUAUACACUAACAUCUCUGACACAUGAUAUAUACACUAACAUCUGGCACAUGAUAUAUACACUAACAUCUCUGACACAUGAUAUAUACACUAACAUCUGGCACAUGAUAUAUACACUAACAUCUCUGGCACAUAAUAUAUACACUAUGAAUCUCUUCUGCUUUUGUGAUUUUUCUUGAAAGUGUUCUUAGUCAGUGCCUUUUAAUAAAUCAUUUUAUAUAUUUUUAUGUUUUAUGUGCAAGUCACCUGAUUGCUAUUAUUAAUCAUUUUAAUUUCAUAUUUGAUACAUAUGGACUGUUUGGUCUACUAAUAGUAUUAAGUUUGUAUAAAACACUGCCAACUUUAUGUUAAACUAAAAGUCUGAACCAAAAUAUUAGUUAUGUAUACUAGACCAGUUAAUAAAUGUAUGUAAUUUGAA